AUGGCUGAAGCUGUGCCUUUGCAUCAACCGCAAGAGGUUGCCUCCUCCAUCGUGGCGACCGGCACCGAAGACCCCGCGUUUCCCUUUCCGCUGCCGCGCGUGACUAUACGCUUCUGUACGCAGUGUAAGUGGAUGUUGAGAGCUGCAUAUUUUGCUCAAGAACUCCUUUCGACCUUUUCAACUUCGCUAGGAGAGGUGGCACUACAACCAUCAACGGGCGGGACGUUUGUAGUGACGAUUCAACACAACUCGCCGCCUUCUUCCCCGUCGGAAGCUUCCACGCUACAGACGCACGUGCUCUGGGAUCGCAAGACGGACGGCGGCUUCCCCGAGACCAAGGAGCUCAAGCGCCGCGUCCGCGACGUGAUUGAACCGGGCCGGAACCUAGGACACGUGGAUCGGGAUCAUCAGCGUCCUAUACCUGCUGCUGCUGCUGCUGCUGCUACUGGCACUGCCGUUGAUACCACAAUCAUGACGGAUCAACAGCAGGGAAGUGAUACAACGGGGGCGCCACCACCACCGCCGGGUCCUCGCUGGCCGACUUCGGAUUCCGCACAGCAGCCGCAAAGUGGCGCGCAUAAUCCGGAUCCCAUCCGCAGAGGUCACUCACGGCCCAUGAUCCCGGCAGAUGAGCCGGCAACAGGGACGGCGCAGGCCGGAGCUGGUGGCGGUGGUGGCGGUGGUGACAGCGACGAGUAUCAGCCCAAGAUGCCGCGCGGCGGCGUCAAGCCAGUCGUCAAGCCUCCGGGCGAGGCAAGGAACGCCGAGGUUCGCGCCAAGCUGGAGAAGACGCCCCAAGAGGACGAGGGUAGUGGCCAGGCGCAAUGUGAGGACUGCCAGUAG